GGGCUCGUGGGGGAGGCGGAGUCUCGGCAGUCCUGGCAGGGCCGCCAUUUUUGCAAAGGGAAAAGAGACUGUUUGAGGGGAUCUAAUUUCUAAAAGUCGCCGUUGAUAAGGGCACAGUUUUAACGGUUACCUAUUAAUUUGGAGUCAAAUUCGGGCUCCCGCGUAGAACAAGAGGACAGAUAUUUCCACCGAGAGAAUACUGCUUCCAGGACGCGUUCAAAUACAAACAUUUUAAAGCUUUGCUAGGAUCCGCAGUGUGUGGACAGAAGUAUUGUUUUGGUUGUGGAAGCUGUGUGGAAAGCGACGGGGGUCUCACCCAGGUCCCCGAAUUCGCUCUUCAGAUCCUCCAGAGUGGACAUAAAGCGGCCUUGUGGAUGCACUUAGAUGUCUGCAAUGACUGCUGUGGCUGGCAUGCCUCAGUGUUUUGGACUCCCAUUCUCUGGACUCAGUAGGACAAGAACUGAUCAGCAGAGAACGUCAUGAGCAUAGUCAUCCCAGUAGGGGUGGACACAGCAGACACCUCAUACCUGGACAUGGCUGCGGGCUCAGACAGACCUGAAUCGGUGGAGGCCAGCCCUGUGGUGGUGGAAAAGUCCAGCUACCCACACCAGAUCUACAGCAGCAGUUCUCACCAUUCCCACAGUUACAUUGGCCUGCCUUAUGCUGACCAUAACUAUGGGGCCCGGCCCCCACCUACACCGCCAGCCUCCCCUCCCCCCUCCAUGUUGAUCCGACAAGGAGAGGGGGGGCUGUUUGUUCCAGGGGGUCAGGACGAAGCAUCUCGGGGCACCACGCUCAGCACCUCAGAGGAUGGCAGCUACGGGGCUGACAUCACCCGCUGCAUCUGUGGCUUCACCCAUGAUGACGGCUACAUGAUCUGCUGUGACAAGUGCAGUGCCUGGCAGCAUAUAGACUGCAUGGGCAUCGACAGGCAGAACAUUCCUGAGACCUACCUGUGUGAACGCUGCCAACCACGACACCUGGACAGAGAGAGGGCCAUCCUGCUGCAGACCAGGAAACGGGAAUGUUUGUCUGAUGGGGACACCAGUGCUACAGAGAGUGGAGAUGAAGUGCCGCUAGAGCUCUACUCCACCUUCCAACACACGCCUACCACCAUCACACUGACGACCGGGCGCCUUGGCAAUAAGCAGGCUGACAAAAAAAGAAAAAAGAGUGGUGAUAAAGAGCCUCCAGCGGGUUCUGCACGAGCCAAGAAGGCUUUCAGAGAGGGGUCCAGAAAGUCCUCCAGAGUAAAGCUUUGUGAUUUUAUCGCUCAGGGUGCAGCUCCGGAGCAGGAGCCCACCGAGCACCCGUCCCUUUGGGAGAACAAGAUCAAGACGUGGAUGGAGCGUUACGAGGAGGCCAGCAGUAAUCAGUACAGCGAGGACGUCCAGGUCCUGCUGCGUGUCAAAGAGCAGGGCGACGGCAAGAGCCUGGCUUACAACACGCACCCUGCUUCCUUCAAACCCCCUGUGGAGAGUCAAGUUCAGAAAAACAAGAAGAUCCUCAAGGCGGUGCGAGACUUGGCCCCAGACUCCCUCAUCAUUGAGUACAGGGGAAAGUUCAUGCUUCGACAGCAGUUUGAGGCCAACGGUUACUUUUUCAAGAGGCCGUACCCAUUUGUGCUAUUUUAUUCCAAAUUCGACGGACUGGAGAUGUGUGUGGACGCACGCAGUUUUGGGAAUGAGGCACGCUUCAUCCGUCGCUCCUGCACCCCUAACUCUGAAGUGCGGCACGUCGUCGAGGAUGGCAUGCUGCAUUUAUACAUCUACUCACUGAGGCCUAUCAUAAAGGGCACAGAGAUCACCAUCGGUUUUGAUUUCGACUACGGCAGCUGUAAAUACAAGGUGGACUGUGCCUGCCUGAAGGGAAACCCCGAGUGCCCCGUGCUCAAGCACAACCUGGAGCCCACGGAGAACAUGGGCUCGGGAGGCCGACGCCGACGAAGCCUCAAGGACAAGGAAAUGGUCCGGGACGACUUGGGCCAGAACCAGAACGUGGGCCUGGACGGCGAGGGGAAGAGCAAGAGCGUGGGCGACGGGAAGCAGAGGAAGCUGUCUCCUCUUCGCCUCUCCAUCUCUAACAACCAGGAUCCUGAGUUAUAUGAGGAUCUAGAAGACAAAACCUCCGUUAGCAAUGAAGUAGAGAUGGAGUCAGAGGAGCAGAUUGCAGAGAGGAGGAGGAAGAUGGCCAGCCCAGCGGAGCAGUCCCAUCUCCCUGUGUGGGCGGCCUCCAGCUGGAAGGGACUGAAACACAAGGAGACACGAGAGGAGAGGAAGAUGGAGGCCAUCCUGCAAGCCUUUGCCCGCAUGGAGAAGAGGGAGAAGCGCAGGGAGCAGGCGCUGGAGAGGAUCGGGACCGUCAAGACGGAGGUCGGGGGUCGCAGCGACAUCAAGGACGAGCCUCCAGUCACUCCAGAGAUGGCGGAUUCUCCAACUGUGAUGCAGCCGCUCCUGGAGGUGAAAGAGGAACCGGGCUUAAAACCAGCGAAGGUAAAAGGCUCCAGGAACCGGAAGAGCUUCUCGAGGAAUCGCACGCACAUCGGCCAACAGCGCCGGCGAGCUCGCACCAUCAGCACCUGCUCGGACCUGCCGCCCGGCUCUCCAAUCGAGUCCAUCGAGCCUCUGAGCAACGAGAUGCCCGAGGGAGAGAUGCUGCCUGCGCCCGAGCCUGAGGCCAUCGACGCUCAAGGAGCCCCGGAGUCCAGCCCCCCACACAGCUGCUCACCUGCACCGGACAGAGUACGCACCGGGAGCAAGAACUUCAAAACUAAAAAGCACUUUGUGAGCGAGUGGGUGGGAGAGAAGCAGCAGCAGCAGAUGCAGGACCACAGUGGAGUACGGACCCCGGAGCCGGUCCCAGAGAGGCCGCUGAGAAUAAGCAGCGACCCCGAGGUCCUCGCCACGCAGCUGAACGCCCUCCCCGGCAUGGCCUGCUCGCCACAGGUCUACAGCACGCCCAAACACUACGUCCGCUUCUCCUCGCCCUUCCUGGCAAACCGCAGCCCGACAACUCCGGGAGUCCCUACGGGGAGACGGCGUUCCAGAGAACUGCCAGAAACGCCACCGACCACGGGCUCUUGCAAGAAGCGAUGGCUGAAGCAGGCUCUGGAGGAGGAGGGAUCCCCCAGCCCGGCCAGGCGACCUAGUCUGUUCAUGCCCUGUGAGGGUCCUCUCAGCCCCUCUAUCAACGGAGACUCUGACAGCCCCCUCCCUUACAACGGCACCUGCUCUUUACCAGAGUUGCCCACACCUUUGAAGAAGCGACGGUUAAGCCCGUUGGACGCCUGUAUCUCUGAGAGCUCCACGCCCUACGGUUCCCCGUGUGCCACGCCCACCAGGGCCGAGCAACCGGAGGCCCCCGCGACCCCCGUCUUACUGGCUACGCCGCCUCGGACUCGAAUAGAGGAGCCAAGUACAGAGCCCCUGCCCAGCACCCCAACACACACACUUAGCACCCCUCAGGAGAGUGAAUCUUCAGCGGAAAGCUCCCCAGAGGUCAGCCGGAAACCCAGCGUACAAGAGGCCGAUCGUCCUCCUUCGUUGGUCUCCUCUCCCUGCAUCCGAGCCACCAGUUCAGACGGACUUCCCACAGAAGUCAAGCUGUCUGCUCCGGACAGUCCGCAGCCUCCAGCUUCUGAAUCCGUGGACUCUGGAGAGGACCGUGCAGAUGCUGCAGUGGUAGAAGUCAGCAGUGAGGCCUCCUCGUCCGCAGAAACUUGUGCUUCCUCUUUUUCUGGAUGGAUCAAAAGUCCGGACAGAGGCCCGACUGGACCAGCUGGCCUGAACUUCUCUCCAGUCAACUCAAACUUACGGGACCUCACCCCCUCACACACCCUGGAGCCUCUGGUUGCUCCGUUCAGGCCCGACGCUGCAGCGGGGGCUGCGGCAGGGUCCACAGCGGGGACGGGGACUCUGGUUGUCUCUCAGGCCCCCUUCAGUGAAGGACAGGGGCCGCUCUUUUAUCCUUGCGCUGAGGAAGGUGGUCUCGCUUUCUCACGCUCGCUUAGCGGGGACGGCAGCGGAGAGGGCGGAGGGUCGGCGCAGAACCCACCACAGAAGAAGAAGGUGUCUCUUCUGGAAUACAGGAAGCGUCAGCGCGAAGCUCGGCGCAGCGGCUCCAAAACCGAAUGCAGCUCUCCCGUCGCCACCGUGCCGCCUCUGAGCGUGGACGCCUUCCCCUGUGCUCCGGAGAUCACCAGUGAACCUCCUCCGCCCCCGGCCCCCGCUGUGCCCUGCAACACCACCACCAUCAUCACCACCACCCCCACCACCGCCACCACCCCCAACACCAACCCCCCAGCUGUCAAAGAGCCACAGCCCAGCGAAGAGGCCGAGGCGUCCGGAGAGAAGGGGGAGAGAGAGGGAGGAGAGGGACAGUGGACGUCGUCCACCUCUGUAGAGCAGGCCCGAGAACGCAGCUACCACAGAGCUCUGCUGCUCAGCAAAGACAAAGACACAGAUGCUGAGGCAGAAGGUGGAGAUACACCCGCACUUAGAGACUGCCCUUCCCCGAGUCUCCAAAAGACCCCCACCCACGCACCGGGCUCUCCUGGUCCUCCCGCUCAGCCUCCCAGCCGGCCCACAAAGGAGGAAGACGCCGAAAGUCAGCCGCGGACGCCGAACCCCACCAGCCAGCCCCCGAGCAAGCCUGCAGGACCCAAACCCACCCCUCUGACUCCCACUAAGCUGCUUCCUACCCCCUUACCCUCAUCUCCUGUUCACUACCCCGGACCCUCCCUCCUGCACUCCCCCAAACCUCAGCCUCAAGGCUCCCCCUUCCGCAGCCAGAGGGCGCUGUUCUCCACCCAGCCUCCGAACCAACCUCAGCCUCAGGCACAGGCCGGCCCCGCUCCUUUCCCCCAGUACAAUGCCCAGAGUGCUCCCCCACCACCUCCCCCUCCUCCCCCGGCACCUCCAGUCUCCACGGCGUACUUCCCCAACCCGAGCCCCUCACCUGCAGGACCCUUCCCCGGGUUUAAACCCUCCGUUACCCCUCCUUACCCUCCUGGUUCUCAGCCUAUGAUGCAGACUCUCCCCAUCAGCGUGCACUAUCAGAGCUCGGCUGCUCCUCCACCGCCUCCCCCUCCGCCCCCCCACCCGAUGCCCGGCCCCACCCUCCUGCACUUGCAGCCUCCUCCCAUCCAGCAGCACCAGCUCCUGCUGACUACAGCUCCUCCGCCGCCGCCUCCUCCACAAGGCCAGGCCGCCCAGACGCAGCAGCAGCAGCAGCCACCUCCAGGCGGCGGCAACCUGCUGUCCCUCACCCCUCCUCCACCUCCUCCCCCACCUCCCCCCGCGCCCUCGUCCAACGCCCCAAUGCAGCCCCUCCACUUUCAGAACUUAGCGGGGUUUCAGCCGGCGUUGCUGCACCCAGGUGCCGCCGCCAACCCUUCAGUACCCCCAUCCUCGUAUCCCCCGCCCCUUCAGCAGACCGGACUGCCUCCACCUCCCCCUCCUCCCCCACAACAGACUCAACAGGGCCAGGCUCAGGCCGCUGCCUCCCAGAUGCCUUCUGGGACUCGUGGAGCUCCUGCAUCCUCGACCCCUUUCCACAGCUCGGGGUACCUGAGCACGGGGUGGCACUGACCCCCCUCCACCACCUCCCCACAACACCGCCCCUGAGAACUCUGCCUGAGGGGGGGCGUGUACCAUAAGCUGUAGAUAUGUUUUCUAUGUACCUGAACACACGGCCAGUGGAAAAACAGUGGAUUGUGGGUGAAAGGACGCUUUUUAAGAAAACAAGAAAACACGGACAGAAAAAUUUUAGAAAAGGACAUCAAAUGAUCUUCAAGAUAAACUGUGGAAACGAAGAUGGACGAUCCCCGCGGUGCUCAGCGCUCCCUCUCUCUCUGGCCUCUGUUUGUUUUUAUAUAACCUCCUUAUGAUGGAGAGAAAGCUCUCCGCUCUGUGUCUUGUUUGGACUCCCAUUGUAAGGCCCGCACUUUGUUUAUCAAUGGACAUUCCAGCCUAUAACCCUCCCUCCCUCCCUCCUUCCCUUCUUCCUCUCCCUCCCUCCUCUUGUCAGUUAUUCCUUUGACUCCCUCCUCUCUCUCUCGUCUCUCGUCGGCUCUCUACACCUUUUUAUUUGUUUAAUCUAGUGGCUCAUUAUAGCAGAAGAAGAAAGCUUUUUGUAUAGAGAAAAAAACACACUUAUUUUUUUUAUUCCUCUGUCUAACAACAAAUAUCUGUUCACCGCUGCAGAUUCAGAAAAGACCCUGUUUCUAGAAGCCUGCCUCCCCGACCUGGGAGGCUGCACUCGUACGUGUGUGUGUGUGAUUGUGUGUGUAUGUGUGUGUGAACGCCGGUGUGUGUGUGUGUGUUGGGGUGAGGAGGAGAAUGGCUGCUUGGAGGAGGUGUGAGACGUGGUGUAACGAGUGCUGUAGUCCUCUGAGGUAGGCGGAGCGGUCUCUCCUGCAGGUAGGACGUUAGCGGUUUAUUUUUGAAUAUCAAUGGUUAUUUGUAGAAAGUGUAAUUUAAUGUAUAGGUGGUUACUCCAGCUUUCACCAAGAACAGGUUGUAAAUACUCGCUUCUUUUCUUUUCUAUGCUUGUACAAUUGGCUCCCAUCCCAUUUUGAAAUAUGGUUGUACAUAUGAACGCUCUUCUUGGCAAAGCUGAAUGUUUCUGUGACUGUAGCAUUAUUUUUAUUUUAUUCCCCCUCUCUCUCUCUCUCUCUCUCUCUCUCUCUCUCUCUCUCUCUCUUUCUCUCGCUCUCUUUCUCUCUCUCUGGAUUCUUCAACUUUGUCUUUUUUUAAUAUUUGUGUGUGAGUGUAUGUUUGUGUGGAGGGGAGAGACUCACAGACACUGCACUGGUUGGCUAUUUUCAUGGUUCAUUAUAAUAAAUCACUGUAAUGACAGUUUUAUACAA